CCCCCCCCACACAGCAGUGCCGUAUCCAAGAGCUUGCAGUUUUCUUGAGAAACUCAGCAGUCGCGAUAAAGUUCUGGCUGAGGCUGCGAAAGUAUUACGCCCUCUAUCACCCUGAUCCCAGUUGGAGUGACCUGUUCCUUGCUCUGACUAGAGCUCAUGAGACAGAGGCUGUAGAGCGAGCUAUAGAGAUUAUGACUGCUGCAAAGGCAGCUCACAACUUCAAGCCUCCUUUUGAAGAAGAUGCCAAACCGGCACUCUCUGAGCUAGUGGAAUUCCCGACAGCUUCUGGGAAUAUCGACGUCACCACAAAAGUCGGGAUGAAGUACGAAAAGUUGGGGACUUUGUUACUGGGAGACACUGACGGGGUUGUCGUACCGACAAUCAUAUUUGAGUGCCAACAGAAAGCAGAUAAGAUCACGCUGGAGAUAUUGAGACGGUGGCUCAGUGGUAAGGGACGACAGCCGGUGACCUGGAAGACUCUGACCGGAUGUAUGAGGUCCAGUGGUCUUCCUGAACUGGCCUCUCUCAUGGAAAAAUCCCUCCGUGACAUUGUUGAUUUCUAAUUUUGUCUUUCUAUCUUCACACGAGCUAUAAUUAUUAUUUUGGACGGUGUUUCUAACUGAAAUCAUCAGUGAGCUCGUGCUCCAUGUUAUGAUCUCUUUCUGCACUUGCUGUGUUACAAUAAACGA